AUGUUUAGUUAUUUGCGCGACCCAACCCCCACGGAUCUUCUGACUUCUCCGGAGGCAUUUAGAUACUUCGAAUACGGAAUGUUCUGUAUGGGAUGGCAUACUCCGACAAAGUACAAGGCAAUUUAUUAUAUUUUGGCCACCUUAAUAAUUUCCUGGAGUGUUGUUUACCUGCCCAUUGGAAUCAUCAUAAGUUUUAUGAAGGACAUAAACACCUUUACACCGAGCGAAUUUUUGACAGUUUUGCAGCUUUUUUUUAACAUAGUUGGACUGCCAUUCAAAGUGCUAUUCUUCAAUGUUUAUAUAUCGAGAUUUUACAAGGCCAAAGAGUUGUUGAGCGAAAUGGACAAACGCUGUAUCGCUUUAAAGGAACGCAUCGAAGUCCAUCGGUGGGUGGUGCGUUGCAAUAAGGCCAAUUUUAUCUACCAGAUGAUCUACACCUGCUACACAAUAUCCACUUUUCUAUCGGCCGGCUUAAGUGGAAAGUUGCCCUGGCGCAUCUACAAUCCAUUUGUGGAUUGGAGAGAGAGUAGGUCGAGUUUUUGGAAGGCCGUCCUGAACGAGACAGCACUUAUGUUAUUUACCAUAACACAAGCCCUGCUGACCGACAUAUAUCCUCUGAUCUAUGGUUUGAUGCUUAGAGUUCAUAUUAAGCUUUUGCAACUGAGGGUGGAGAAACUCUGCACAGAUCCUGACAAAAGCGAUGUCGAAAAUCAGGAGGAUUUGAUUAACUGCAUCAAGGAUCACAAGCUUAUAAAGGAAUUUGCUGAAGUGAUAAGACCUGCGAUUGCCCACACUAUCUUCAUUCAGUUCCUUUUGAUUGGAAUUUGUUUGGGUUUGUCUAUGAUCAACCUGCUCUUCUUCGCCGACAUUUGGACGGGUUUGGCCACCGUGGCCUACAUCAAUGGCCUGAUGAUCCAGACAUUUCCAUUCUGCUUCGUGUGUGACCUCAUCAAAUCGGACUGUAAACAGCUCGAGGUGGCCAUAUUCCAUUCCAACUGGAUCAAUUCAAGUCGCAGAUACAAAACAUCUUUGAUUUACUUUUUGAAGAGCUCACAAAAAUCAGUUGCUUUUACAGCCGGCUCUAUUUUUCCCAUUUCCGUGAGCUCAAAUAUUAAGGUGGCUAAGAUGGCUUUUUCGGUAGUCACUUUUGUAAAUCAACUUAACAUAGCUGACAGAUUGACCAAGAAUUAA